AUGGACUCGCAGUCGACUGUGCUCGUGCACGCAGUCAACCCGCUCACACUCGACCACGCUCACGCUCUCGUCCACCGCAUACGCACACACAAGCCUCGACAGCGCAUACGCACCGAUGCAGCAGCACCCGCUUCCGCCUCGUCCGACCCAGACUCGCUCGCUCCCCCACCCGCGACAGCCUCGCACAUCCCAUGGCGCAUCGAGAACAAGUACUACACCGCCGACGUCGCAUUCCGGAUAAUCGAGCAUGGGGAGGAGGGCGAGGGAGACGAGCCGGCGGUGAUUGUGCUUGCUGAAUCGGACGAGGACCCCUCGACCUCGACAUCCCUAUCCAGCCUCCUCUCCUCCCUCUCGACCCGCUCACCAGACCCACCCGAAGUCGCCCUCCUCGUUUCCAUACUCUCUCCGCACCCCGCUUCCUCCUCACCAAGCUCACCCACCGCAGAGCCGGACGAGUCAGCAUGGGAAGACCUCGCCCUCUCUCACGGCUUCGAAUGGGUGCACCUCGCUCACAACGAGGACGACGACGAAGGCUUGGCGAGGAUCGUAGGGGCGUUGCAGGCGCAUAUGUGGGAGGGGAUGGAGCGGGUCGAGCCGGUGCGGCCGAACGGGGUGCGGAGGGCUAAAAGCGUGACGAGCGAGGACGAGCAGGGCGGGGAGGAGGAGGAGGGAGAGUGGUCUGCACUAGGCCAUGCGCCGCCCCUGCCUGAACCGCGCAAGCCGUACGGUAGCACAACCACGACAGACCACCUCGCCUUUCCCCCGACAUUCCUCCCGUCCAUCCCGCGCCGCGCGCCCGUGUCGAACGGCGUCGCCGACGCAGCACACGACUCGUUCGACGACGACUUUGCGCCUUUCGUCUCUGCCUCCGCGUCGAACGGCCACUUGACGACUCUCGACCCGCACACCCCCUUCCCGCCCUUCUCUUCCUCUCCACCAUCCUCCAGCGCCGCACCCUCUUCACCUCCCUCACAUCUCUACCGCCACCCCUCCUUCUCCUUCCCCGACUCGCACCGCCCUCCUUCUCCCGAUCCCGACGACGACGAUGGACUAGAAGACCUCUUCUCGCGUAUCUCGCUCGCUCGAUCUCGCACCGACGCCAACGUCGAAGGCAUGGGCAUGGGACUGGAGGAGAGGAGGGAGUGGGCUGAGAGGGUCGUGAGGGAUUUGAUGGGGGGUUUGGGGAGCGAUGAGGAGGACGAGGACAAGGUGGAGGGGCCAGACAGGUGGGUGAAGACGCGAUAA